AUGCCCACACCAGUGGAGAUGAUGCUCACACUGGUGGAGACGAUGCCCACACCAGUAGAGACAAUGCCCACACCAGUGGAGAUGAUGCCCACACCAGUGGAGAUGAUGCCCACGCCAGUGGAGACGAUGCCGACACCAGUGGAGACGAUGCCGACACCAGUGGAGACAAUGCCCACACCAGUGGAGACGAUGCCCACACCAGUGGAGACGAUGCCCACACCAGUGGAGAUGAUGCCCACGCCAGUGGAGAUGAUGCCCACACCAGUGGAGACGAUGCCCACACCAGUGGAGAUGAUGCCCACGCCAGUGGAGACGAUGCCCACGCCAGUGGAGACGAUGCCCCACGCCAGUGGAGAUGAUGCCCACGCCAGUGGAGACGAUGCCGACACCAGUGGAGACGAUGCCCACGCCAGUGGAGAUGAUGCCCACGCCAGUGGAGACGAUGCCCACACCAGUGGAGAUGAUGCCCACGCCAGUGGAGACGAUGCCCACGCCAGUGGAGACGAUGCCCACGCCAGUGGAGAUGAUGCCCACGCCAGUGGAGAUGAUGCCCACGCCAGUGGAGACGAUGCCGACACCAGUGGAGAUGAUGCCCACGCCAGUGGAGAUGAUGCCCACGCCAGUGGAGACGAUGCCCACACCAGUGGAGAUGAUGCCCACAAAGAAACCCCAGAUGCAUGCGGAAAUCCAAGGCGUUGCAGGCGGCAGCGAGCCGAGCAGGGAUGGGAACAGAAGGAAAUCGCUUGGCACAGCCCGAGAAACCACCGAGGCCACCAAGCCCCGGGGUGCCCGUGCCCACCAGCCCCGGCAGGGGACAGCCCCCAGCCCCCGUGGGAACCCCAGCGAGCCUCAACCACGGAGCCCACCCCACCGCCCCCCGAGAGCGCAACGGGGCAGCAACCGAAAGAAAAAAAUCAACCCCAAGGACCGCGCGGACCCCAAGGACCACACGAAGCCCAAGGACCACGCGACCCCCAAGGACCACGCGAAGCCCAAGGACCACAGGACCCCAAGGACCACGCGAAGCCCAAGGACCACAGGACCCCAAGGACCACGCGAAGCCCAAGGACCACGCGACCCCCAAGGACCGCGCGGACCCCAAGGACCACACGAAGCCCCAAGGACCACAGGACCCCAAGGACCACACGAAGCCCAAGGACCACGCGACCCCCAAGGACCGCGCGGACCCCAAGGACCACACGAAGCCCCAAGGACCACAGGACCCCAAGGACCACACGAAGCCCAAGGACCACGCGACCCCCAAGGACCACGCGACCCCCAAGGACCACAGGACCCCAAGGACCACACGAAGCCCAAGGACCACGCGAAGCCCAAGGACCACGCGACCCCCAAGGACCACGCGACCCCCAAGGACCACACGACCCCCAAGGACCACACGAAGCCCAAGGACCACACGAAGCCCAAGGACCACGCGACCCCCAAGGACCACACGAAGCCCCAAGGACCACACGAAGCCCAAGGACCACACGAAGCCCCAAGGACCACAGGACCCCAAGGACCACGCGACCCCCGUUCCCCGCAACGCUUUUGGCCCACGGGCUCGCUUUGCUCCUUGCUCUCCUUCCCGGCGCAGCGGGCCGUGCUGGGAGCCGGUACGGGAAUGGCACCGGAGCGAGCAGCGGGGUGAGCUCUGGGGAACCUCCAGCCCCGGGAGCCACGGGCAGAGCAGCGGGCCAGGACCCACGGAGCCUCCCCACGGCCCUCCAAGCUGUCCGUAGCCCCCGAGGGCUGCUCAGCAUCCCCAACCGACGCGACGAGCCAGGGAAACCCCGUCUGGCCGGGAAAUCUGCUCGGGUGGGACGGGGAAGCGACGCACCGAGUUCCCUGUGGGGCAAACGGGCACCAGCCUUUGGACAUCGCGGUUCCGUCUCAAUUUAUACCCAGGGAGGAGACUCCAACUCCUGGCAAGCGCCGAGACUGGGGCCAAGAAGCAUUUUCCUUCCCCCCAACCUUAAAGACGUCAAGUCGCCGCCUGCCCUGAGGCCACUCUGGGGAGGGCGGGGGAGGGGGGGGGGAAGCUGUGAAGUCUCCCACUUUUUCAGCUUCACGGAUGUCUGACUGGGGAUGUGCAUCCAAAAAAUAAAAUUAAAAAUAAAAUAAAAAUAAAAA